AUGGCACAGAAGCAACGGAGAAUCGAGCUGCUUCAGGUAGAAGCCGAUGAGAAUGACCAGAGUUUCUUCCGCGUCCUAGUUGACGGUCGAACCGUGAAGUAUAUCACUAUUGAUCCCGGCAUAUUCAGCAUAGAGGAUAUGUGUUUCGGUCCCUCCCUCACUUCGAUUCUCCCAGAUCUUCCCGAUUGGGAUUGGAACGAUGGACUUGUGACGAAGGAUGCCAGUGGUCGCCCGUGCUUUUCGCGUGCCAGUCGGACUGCGUUCCCCGGGGUCAAGAACACGUGGCAUGGAACCUGCGUGGAUUACCAAGAUAUUUUGAUAGACGAAAGGCUCCGGACUGGCGUCUAUGCAGUCAAAUGA